AUGUCACUUCGCUCGUUUGGCUCGUUCGGCCAGUCCCACGGACUCGGCACUAAUGGCUACGAGGUCUCGCUCAACUACAUCACGGGCGUGCCCGACCCGAAUCUGCUCUCUUCCGCAAACCUGAAGCUCGUGUUCAAGGCCCUUCUGAAGAGAGACGAUACGACAAGAGAAAAGGCCGUUGGCGAUCUGUACUCGAUCGUCGACUCCAACGGCGCCGAGCUCCGGGACGAGCUCGUGCUCAUGUCGUGGUGCCAGCUGUACGCAAAGCUCUCAACGGACACUUCGAAGAAGGUUAGACUCACCGCGCACCAGAUCCAGUCGAAGCUGGUGGCGCUUCUCGGCAAGAAAUACUUCAAGUAUCUGCGCGACACUGUGGGGAUCUGGAUGAGCGGGUGUUUUGAGAACGACCGUGUUGUUUCCAAGGGCACCGUAGCGUCUAUUUCCGCUGCCUUCGGAGACUCUCCAGAGAAAACCAGCAAUCUGUGGAAAAUCUUUGCCCAACAGUUGCUUACCUACUGCCACCAGCUGCUGCUUUUCGAGACCAUAGACACGCUUUCCGACGAGAGGUUUGUCGGCAAGGAAGAGAGCGAGAUCAAGUAUCUGCGCACGGUGCACGCCGGGGUGCAGAUGCUGAUCAGUCUGGUCACCAGACAGAACAACGGCGAGGUACAGCUCGACGAGACGCUUCUAUCUGAGCUGCUUGAGUCCGACCAGUUCGUCUCGCUUUUCGAGUCCAAAGACCUCCAGAUCAAAAGGGGCAUGUACACGCUGCUCCAGCGACUGCUGCAGACAGAGCUGGACGACGCGCUGUUCAAACACCUUGCCAAGGCUGCGAUUAAGGGCCUCAAUCUGGAGAAAAAAAAUUCGGCUCUCUACUCCGGCAUAAUAAUUCCUGUGCUCGAGGCCCUUGUCGCGCUCCUCAAAAAAGACUCCCAGACGGUCGUUCGCAUCAGAAAAGCCACCCAGCGUAUUCUUGAUCUGCUGCGGCUGGGCUCUCUGAGCUCAGAUCCGCACUACUACUCGGUGGUGGCCACGUUGCUGCCGCUGCUGCCCCAGGACGACCCAAUCCAAAACUCGUUACUGGAAAUCCUGGAGAACGACAUCAAAUCCGAGAAACUCUCUGCCUUUGCUCAGCACGCCUGGACCUGCUACCUAGGCUACUGCGAAAGAGUCUCGUGUGGUGUCGACCGCGUUCUCAAGGUGCUGGUCCCGGCGCUGGAUUCGCGCAAACUCCCCGCCAACGUGAUCUCUGGGAUGGCCGGCGCCGCGAGCAUUGCCGACGACAACGGCGACGUGCUGCUGGACCUCAACUCAGAGAUCCUCAACGCUCUGCCGGGCCGGGCCAUCGAGUUUGUGGACCUCGGUCUGGUCGUGAAAAACGAGGCUGUGCUCGUCGACAACUAUGUUCGCCUGCUGCUCCACGUCGGCUCCGAUCUGCUCGACGAGCUGGUCUCCAACGCGGUUGAGUCGCUCACAGAUCUGCAGGACGAGUACGUGCCGCCCUCGCUGGCAAUUUGCGUCGUUGAGAGCGUUGUGCGGCUGAACUGUGUGCAGUUCCGCGCUCAGAUCGAGUCGUUCGUCGGCGACGCGUCGAAAGUCGUCGCGCCGCAGUUCCUCGAGCCUGUCUUUGCCCUGCUGGUGGACAUAGCGAAGUCCAAGCUCAACGUGGAUAUUUACGACGCCGUCAACGACGUCGCUGACAAGCUCGGCAGCGACGAAAUGGAGCUGUUUUUGAGGUACCUCGCCGACAUUCCCGGCUUCGAUCCUGCGAGAUGCGGCAGGGUGAGCACCUACAUCCACCAAAAAUCCGACUCCGCCGCACCCGACGCGGACGACUACGUGUUCCAGUUCCUCACUCCAGACGUGCUCCGGAACAUGUUUAGAAAGCUCUCUGAGGCAGACACAGAGGUUUUCCUGCAAAAGUGCAACCGGCACUACCAGAACGACGUUUUUCUUGCGUUUGCAGACGAAAAGUUCCUGGCCGCGCUCUGGAAACGUCUGGGCAGUGCCGAGACCGACUCGUUACUGGACAAGCUGGAGCAGAACCUUGACGACCCGCGGUUUGAGCAGCUGUACAUCUCGUCGCUCGAGAAGGGCGUCGUCGAGGCCGACAGAACGGCGCUUCUGGAGAGACUUGCAACCAAGCCCCAGAUCGUCUCGAAAGUGCUCCCGGAAAAUGUGGUGGACGAGCUGGCCGAGCUGGCCGAGAACGUUGACCACCGGCUCGCCGUCUCAAACAAGCUGGGACUGGGAGUAUAUUUAUUUCCGCCAGGUGAGCUGACUGCCGCAGACCGGUUUGCAACGUACCUGGAGAAGAUCGAAUUUUAUUUUGAGCUGGCUUCCAAAACAGGCGUUUUGAGCGGCGACCUGGCUUUCCAGCUGGCUCUUGUCGGCGAGGCUGCCCUGGACUACGUGUUCCUGGGCCUUUUGGAGGACGAAAACGAAGCUCUCGACUUCCACCUGCGCCUUUCUGCCGAGCUGAAGUUCGGUGCCAGUCUUUUCGAGCAGUUCGUCAAGGACGACCUUUCUGGCGUUCUGAGACAUCUUCGGUCCUCUGCUGCUGUGCGCUUCUACGCUGCGCGUGUUCUGGUUACGGUAUUCACGAAACUGUUCGAAACGAUGCAGUCGUCGGUAUUCAACAGCUACAAUUUGACUAGAGUGUCCGACCCCGUGAAACUGGCCAUCCUAGCCACCAGUGCCAACAGAUUCCUCGCCGCCGCCGCAUUCGACCGCGUGCGCAACCAGGCGUGUGCCGACCUUUUGCGCAUUCGCGGACAAACCAUCACCUCCGACGGUCUGCAGGGACUAGUCCUGCUGAACAUGCUGAUAGACCUCGAUCUGGACUAUGUUGGGGAAAACGUCCAGCUCUUCCCUGCGCAGAGAUUCGGUAUGAUGCUGAACGGACUCGCCAGCUGGCCAGAGUCGGAGGACGCGUAUGAGCCGUCGUUUGUGCCGGUCAGAGUCGCACUGUGUCAAUUUGCUGAAAUCUACAUCAAAAAAAUAUACCACGUCUGCGACACCAACUACCCGUCGGAUUUCGGCGAGAAGGUGUUUGCGCUGGGAGCCACGCUGUGCUCCGAGUCGUUUAGCAUCCUCAGCUCGGGAGACGCUGAUCCCACCCUGGCAUACUUUUCACUCAAGUUGUUAGGCGUGCUUCACGAGCACCAGGCUGAUUGGGACGAGGAAGAUAUCUAUGCAGAUCUGGUGGAGCUGCUGUUUGCUCCUGCGCCCGGCCAGGCCGGCAUGCUUGUGCUGUCUCUGCUGACGCGCGUUUUCAGCGACCAGGUGCCAACAACAGCUUACAAGUCGCGCUUUGACGACCUGCUCCUGCUGCUCUCGUCCUCCAACGCGCAGGUGCAGAAGCUGGCCGUUUUCCUGUUGCACAAAGUGAUUCCGGAGCUGCAAGACGCGCUCGUCGUGGAGGCGACGCUGAACCAGGACGAGGAAAUCAAGCUCCCGACGCCGUUGCUCGAAAACAUCGUGCUGCUACCAGACGAAAGCGAAAUUGCAACCAAUAAGUACUUGUGGAGCUGGUACCUGAUUUUCGACCACUUCAGAAACGUCACACAGAAAAUCCGCCAGGACUACAUCCUGGAGCUCGGCGAAGACCGCGUGGGCCAGUUCCUGGACUUCUUGUUCGACAUGGACCUCAAGCCGACCGAGGACAACCGCCGCGCGCUGGUGGAGUACUCCGUCGUCGACAGCGAUGGCGACGACCUGCUGUACCAUCUGAUGUAUCUGUUCUGCAAGCACAUUGGCGGGAACACUGCGCAGACGUGGUUCCAGUCGAUCAGGAACAAGCAGCACAAGUCGCAGGUCGAGACGUUUAUUGUCAAGAACGUGAGUCCGCUGCUGAUUGACGAGACGUUGGCGGGGCUCGAGAAAAAGGGCAGCAUCGAGGACCCUGAGUUCAGUAUCCGGCUGAACAGAACCACGAACGAGGUCCGCUGCGUGUACCAGAUCGACGAGCAGAAGCUGGAGAUGUCGAUUGUGUUGCCGAAAAACUACCCGUUGUCGGCGAUCAGCGUGAACGGAACAGCGAGGAUCGGAGUGGACGAGAAAAAGUGGAAAUCGUGGAUCCUUUCGUGCCAGUACGUGAUCAACUUCCAGAAUGGCACAAUUCUAGACGCCAUCCAGCACUUCAAGAACAACGUCAAAGCCAACUUCGACAACUACGACGACUGCGCCGUGUGCUACUCGAUCGUCCAUGCCAUCGACCAUUCGACGCCAAACAAGGUGUGUCAGACGUGCAAACACAACUUCCACUCGGCCUGCUUGUACAGAUGGUUCAAGAGCUCUGGCUCGUCUACGUGUCCCCUGUGUCGGUCGAAGUUCCAGUUCAAAAAACACAGCUAG